UGUUAGAUGGAGUUCUUGUCGUGUACGAUUGUUUCUAGAAGGAGGACUUGGCUUUGUAAUAACUUUCAAGCUCAGGCGUAGGAAAAGGAAUACGAGGAUGGUGCUUUAUGAAAGAAUGAUUGAAGACGUCGGGGGGAGCGGUGACAACAUGGCAGAUCGAAGGCAACUGUUUGUGGAGAUGAGGGCUCAAGAUUUGGACUCCAUACGAUUAUCGACAUACAGAACAGCCUGCAAGCUCAGAUUUGUGCAGAAGAAAUGCAAUUUGCAUUUGGUUGACAUUUGGAACAUCAUCGAGGCUUUCCGAGAGAAUGGCAUCAACAACAUGGACCUCAGCGCUGACCUCUCAGUGGCUCGUCUAGAAGUCGUACUGUCUACAAUUUUUUACCAGCUGAACAAACGCAUGCCCACCACCCACCAGAUUAAUGUGGAGUACUCCAUCAGCCUGCUGCUCAACUUCCUGCUGGCAUCGUAUGACCCGGAGGGCCAUGGCAAGAUAUCUGUAUUUGUUGUGAAGAUGGCCGUAGCAACCAUCUGUGGAGGGAAAAUCCUGGAUAAAUUAAGAUAUAUUUUUUCCCUGAUUUCGGAUGCUGCUGGAAUAAUGGUGCACUCACAGUUUGACCAAUUUCUGAGGGAGGUGCUCAAAUUACCCAUGGCGGUUUUUGAGGGACCUUCUUUUGGUUACACUGAACAAGCUGCAAGAACAUGCUUUCCACAGCAGAAAAAGGUCUCCCUCAAUACAUUCCUCGAUACGUUGAUGUCAGACCCGCCCCCUCAGUGUCUGGUGUGGUUACCUCUCAUGCAUCGGCUCGCCAACGUGGAGAACGUCUUUCACCCGGUCGAGUGCUCCUACUGCCGUACUGAGAGUAUGAUGGGCUUCCGCUACCGCUGCCAGCAAUGUCAUAAUUACCAGCUCUGUCAGGACUGCUUCUGGAGGGGGCAUGCCAGCGGUUCCCAUAGCAACCAGCAUCAAAUGAAGGAGUAUACGUCAUGGAAAUCCCCUGCUAAGAAGUUAUCCCAUGCCCUCAGUAAGUCACUGAGCUGUGCAUCCAGCAGAGAGCCUCUUCACCCCAUGUUUCCAGAAAUGCCAGAAAAACCUCUCAACCUCCAUCAUAUUGUAGAUACUUGGCCACCGAGACCAUUGAACAUCACCAGUGACUACUCAUUCUCCAACUCCAUGCCUACAUCAGGGAACCCUUACUCCACCAAAAACAAGAGUAACAGUGUUAGGCAAAGAAUACCUUUGACCGAGGCCGCUCCACAUCUGUUUAGAGGGAGAGGGUUGAGCUACAACCUCGAUGUUGCCGAUAGACUUGCAGACGAACAUGCUCUGAUUGGUCUCUAUGUGAAGCUACUUCAAAAGAACCCCAAAUCAUGUUUGCUGGAGAGCUAUCAUGAUGAAGAGCACAGUCUCAUCGCCCGCUAUGCUGCUAGACUGGCUGCUGAUGCUGCGGCUCAGCAGCAGAGGAUCCCCACAGACCUCCCCUGCUCUCUGGAUGCCAACAAACAGCAGAGGCAGCUCAUCGCCGAGCUCGAGAGCAAAAACAGAGACAUCCUGCAGGAAAUCCAGCGGCUGCGCAUUCAGCAUGAGGAGGCCUCCCAGCUGCCGCCUGACAGGGGUCAGCAGAACCCCACCCUCCUGACUGAGCUACGACUUCUCAGGCAACGCAAAGAUGAGCUGGAACAAAGAAUGUCGACUCUGCAGGAGAGUCGCAGGGAGCUCAUGGUGCAGCUGGAGCAGCUAAUGAUGCUUCUCAAGUUGGAGGAGGAACGGCAACAAGCUACUCAGGGUACCGGCUCUCAACGUUCUUCCCCCAGCCACACCAUCAGCCGGUCGAUCCCCACCCCGAUCCACUCAGACUCUGCCGGCACGACACCGACUCACACACCUCAGGACUCACUCAUGGGCGUGGGAGGGGAUGUUCAGGAGGCCUUCGCUCAGGGUCCGAGGAGAAAUUUGAGAAACGACCUCCUCAUUGCUGCUGAUUCCAUCACCAACACAAUGUCUUCGCUGGUUAAGGAACUCAAUUCAGAAGGUGGAAGUGAGACUGAGAGCACUGCAGAUUCAGACUUUGGGCGCAGUGACCUUUUGGCCGCAACCUCUUCAGAUCCCUUCUUCACAUCUAAAACAAGUCGUGUCAGCGCAGCAGAGGAGGAGAGUUUUGAGAGCGAUCUGGAUCAGCUGCUGGAGGACGAGCUCCAGCUGGAGGAGCUGAUGAAGCACAGGCAGGAACCAGAGAAAGCCUGCAUGGUGACGCUGCAGCAGUGACAGUGCUAGCUCAGGUUCCUGGAGAGCAAUAUGAAAAGCAACAAUAGUAGAAGACACUGGAGGAGACGACACUGGGCCGACAGGACUGAGCACUGAAGACAUGAAGAAUUUAAGUGGCUGAAUCCAACCAUAGAAUACGUUUAUGUAAAGAAAUAUUUUUUAAACAACCGCAUAUUUAAGGUAAUACUGUGAGCUGAUAUAAAGAGAUUAGUUAGUGGGCUGUCUAUUACACCACAGGUGCCAUAAAAACUCAUGACUUUGGGGUAUUUUUCUUUCUUUUCUUUUUUGUGAAGUGUUAAGCAAAUGUUCAACUACACUUCAAAUUCUCCUGUUUCUGCAAAACAGUUAAUCACAUAUAAGUGUUUGUCUUCUGAUUUAAAAAAUAAACCUGCGUUGGAGUCGAAGUUAUAGUUCAAAUGUGCAUUAUUUUAUAAAUGUAUAACUCCAGAUUCAACGAGUAGUCCAUAGAUUUCUUACUGUUUCUGUCGAGUGUUUUUGGAGCAGGCCAAUCUGAUAAGUUUGUUUUAUUUUAUACAUUAGUUAUUAUAAUGCACACAUGCCUUAGCUGAUUGGAUGACCUCUGAAAGGAGCUCAUUCAAACCGUCAAUGCAGCAUGUAGCGAACAACAAAACACCUGCUUAGCAGAAAUUCUAGUUGUAUUCACUGGACAAAUGAGGUAAAGCUCAUUAAAUCUGAUGCUGAGAAGGGAUUUUAUCCAAAUAUAUGUACACUGUCUACAUAUAAACUGUCACUUAAAUAUAAUAUCUAGAUUGAUGUGUUUUAAAAUCUUGUUAAAGACACAGAGACUUCGAAAUAACUCAAAUGUUAAGGUUUACACCGGUGAGGGCAAUGAACAAACUGUGUUUACUAUCAACGGUUUAUGAUUUAAUGUUCAAUCAUUUCCCAUUGUUUCAUGUUAUCGUUGAUGCUCUCACAAAAAAAAACCUCUGUGUGACUUGCACACCAAACAUACACACACUUGUGAGUGUGUGUGAAACUUUACUCAGUCACUUUGGGAAAAGUGGCAAGCCAAUCUAAAAUCAUAAAUGUGUGAAAUAUAUCUAGUUUGAUUUUUGAACAAGUUCAUAGCAGUGAUUUUGCAUGGUGGUGAUGCAUAAUAAAGUGUUGACACAA